AUGGCGUCCCAUGUCUUCCUUACCGGCGCGACCGGCUACAUCGGCGGGUCUGUUCUUGAAGCGCUCGUCAAUGCGCACCCGGAGUGGUCUUUCUCCGCUCUUCUCCGCAAUCCCUCGGCACGCUUCACUGACACGUACCCGCACGUUCGCGUCGUCCAAGGCGGCUUCGGGAGCGCCGCCAUCCUCGAGGAGGCCGCCUCUCAAGCCGACAUCGUCAUUCAUUGUGGCAACUCGGACCACGAACCCUGCGUCCGCGCGCUCCUUACCGGACUCCAGCGCCGCGCCUCCGCCUCAUCCCCGGCCUUCUACAUCCACCUUUCCGGAACCGGAACGCUCGGCGACCAAGUCGAGGGCACCCACCUCGGUACGCUCAACCCCAAGAUCUGGUCAGACAUCGCCGACGUCGACACCAUCACCUCCUUCCCCGCCACUCGGUGGCACCGCGUCGUCGACUCGCUCAUCCAGUCCAUCGCCUCCGCGCACGGCGAGGCACCGAAAUGCGCGAUCGUCGCGCCGUCGGAGGUGUACGGGCCCGGCUACGGCCCGGGGAGAAAAAGCAAAGCAUGUUCCUCCCCGUCUUUCGCGACGACAUACUGCGGGUCGGCGCCGCGUUCUAUACCGGAGAAGGCACGAACACGCGAAGCUGGGUGCACGUCGACGACGUUGUGCAGAUCUUCGUCAAGCUCGCCCGAGGCGGCGGCUGCAGCGGGCGGGGGCACCACCGUCUGGGGCAGAGAAGGGCUGCUACAUCGCCUCCACCUCCGAAAAUAUCCCAGCUCGCCAUCGCGCGCGCGCGCAGCAGGCAAGAUCCUACAUUCGCAAGGUCUCAUCCCCAGCGCUGAAUCGGUCCCACUCCCCUUGGCCGCGAUUGACAAGAUGCUCGCGCGCGUUCGGCGUCCCCGCGUUGGGCCUGUACGAAUACGCGGCCAACUCGCGGAGCAGGGCCGACCGCGCCCGGAAGUACUUGGGUUUCGAACCGCGCGGGCCGAGCGUGUGGGACGUGUUGGAGGAAGAUCUAACUGGGACGGGGGACGCGCUUGUUAUCGACUUCCUUUGACGGGUUUGCAUACAGAAUGAUGCUUUCUGCAUGAUCCGUCAACUCGACAUAGCCAAGACAUCUGGACUCGAUUUGCAUGGGGGAUCAAGCAACGGGCGGACAAGCGGCGUUUUCAGAACAUGAAUAACGACGGAUGUCCGCGCUUGAUUCGGUAGUGCAGCCCAGAAACCCGGAUCAGCUGAGAUGCGAGUGCUAAUACUCAGGAAGGACACUG